UAGAUGUGUAGGUGUCACGUUGAGCUGUCACAAUCGACCGCAUUGGAAUAAUAAAAAUUUCAUAGACUCAGGUUCAUUUAUUAAUCCAUCGUUUGGAAAGAUCGAUAAAACAAAAAUUCUUCUAUUUAUGUUUCGAACUUGGACAACUCGAAAAAUCUAUUAAGAAUCAUGAAUGAGGAACAAUUAGUGCAUGAAAUUGUGGCAUUGCGAACUAAAUUACGCGAGAAAGAAUCUAACCUCAACGAAUUGAGGCGGGAAAAACAAGUCGUUCAAAACCAUGGUUUGAAUAACGAAGAAAUAUCACGUUACAGUAGACAAAUUUUGUUGCCCGAAAUAAGUGUCUCCGGUCAGGUGAAAAUAAAAAAUGCUUCAGUGUUGAUUGUCGGUGCUGGUGGACUUGGCUGUCCUUCGGCAUUGUAUCUUGCUGGGGCAGGAGUUGGGCAUAUUGGUAUAAUCGAUUACGACGAUAUUGAAAUCAACAAUCUUCACAGGCAACUUUUAUACUGUGAAAGUGACAUUGGUUUGCCAAAAGCUGAAGCCGCUGCAGCUGCACUCACAAGAUUGAACAGCAACGUGCGAGUAACUCCGUAUAAACUUCAAUUGGAUAGUUCAAAUGCCCUGAAUAUUGUGAAACAGUAUGACAUUGUUCUGGAUGCUACGGACAAUGUACCUACAAGAUAUCUUCUGAACGAUGCCUGUGUUUUGGCAGAAAAGCCCCUUGUCUCCGGAUCUGCAUUGAAAUUGGAGGGACAAUUAUCUGUAUUCAAUUAUAAAGGCCCUUGUUAUAGAUGCAUUUUUCCAAAACCACCACCACCCGAGACUGUCACUAAUUGUGGCGAUGGAGGUAUUCUUGGUGCAGUUGUUGGAACGAUCGGGGUACUUCAAGCAGUAGAAACCUUGAAAAUAAUAUUAGAGGUAGAUCUCAAAAUUCUUAAUGGACGUCUCCUUCUCUACGAUGCUUCCGAGGCAACAUUUCGGAACGUACGACUUCGUGGAAAAAAUCCGGAGUGCGCGGUUUGCGGAAAAAAUCCAACGAUAGAGAAUUUAAUCGAUUACGAGCAGUUCUGCAGGUCUAAAGCGAACGAUAAAAAUCCAAGUCUCAAAAUGCUCGAUAAUGAUGAGAGAAUAAGCGUCGAAGAAUACAACGUUAUCCGAAAAAACUCUUCGAAAAAUCAUGUUCUUAUCGACGUGAGGUCACCUGAAGAAUUCGAAAUUUGCCGGAUCGAAAAAUCAAUCAAUGUGCCUUUCGCUGCUACUGGGAAAAUCGAAAAGUGGGCAGAAACCAAAAGUUUCCUCGACGAAAAUUCCAUUAAAGAUGUUUAUGUUUUAUGUCGUCGAGGUAAUGACUCACAGCGCGCAGUUAAACUGCUCAAAAGUUUCAUCGACGAUCCAACGAUCAACGUGAGGGACAUAAUUGGUGGAAUCCACGCAUGGUCUCGACAAAUUGAUCCAACAUUCCCAAUUUAUUAAUAGGUUUUACAAUGGAAUAUCUAUAUCACUCACACAUGGGGAUAAAAAUAUAGAAUACGUUAGAAUUAUUUUUUGGUACACUUUGGUUGAUGGCAGAUAUUACAUGGUAAACGAUGGUUUUCUAGUUGAA